AUGGCCGAGAAGCGCAAGUUGCCACCGCGCGGCGGGCGCGAGCCAGCGGCCAAACGACGAGUCUCCGAAGCCGUCACAGCAACACCCCAGUCGCAAAAGAAAAAAGCACCUACGCCUCGCGCUCCAUCUCCUCCACCUCCGCCGCCACCGGAGCCAGUCGAACCGCCAUUGCCUACGAAAGUGAAGGAUGCGGAAGUCUUGCCGGUCACGCGCGUGCGCCAACCCGACAACUUAUCGGACAAGGAGUAUCAAUCCAUCGCAGAAAGCGCUGUUCUUCUCAUCUCCUUGGAACGAUCAAAGAAGAAGUGGCUUAGCGAAGGAAUCUUGGUGAGAUACUACACGAAACCGAAGAAGACGAAACGCGAACAAAUCGAGAAGAACAACCCCCCGAAAGAAUCCAUGACCAGAAUUGGACCCUGCGAUGUCACCAUCGGACCCCAUCUAUUUGACGCGAUGAUAUAUACCGUGAAAGACCCCACUGCACCGCCGCAGAUUCAAUAUGCACCUCCGCAGCGGCCCAUGCGGCCUCCACAGACACAAAAUGGCCAGCCCGGGCAGCCCGCAAAGCCAAGUCCAGAUCCUGUCAUUCAGAUGCUUGCUACUAGGGCGGCCGCAGAUCCUGAACUCAAGGCUUUGAUGCGAGUGGUCGCUUCCAGCCAGGCUUCACAGGACCAACUACGCGCUUUUCAGGCUCACAUCGAUGAGCUCAAUGCGAUUAUCAAGGCAAGAGAGCAGCAGGAGCAAAGACAGCAAGGUUCUAUUGGUACACAAGGACGACCGCAGGCGGCAGCGGCGCAACCGGCAACCCCCGCGACACCCGGAUCUCAAAACAAGCCUACCCCAGCGCCGCCCAACUCCCUACCCAAGCCUGCUGCGGAAGCAAAUCCACUACCUCAGGCACAGACACCUAAACCACAACCACCUGCUCCAUCACAAACUUCCUCGAAAGAGUCACAACAAAUACCCUCCGCCUCCAAAACACCAGUGCCGACCACCACAACUACACCCAAGCCUGCAUCCGAAGGGACACCGCAGGCUAGUGCCGAGCCUCAGAAACCGGGCCAAAAUGAAAAUUCUCAAGCCGCCAAUGCUUCCCAAACCCCAGCUGCCACACCUGUGGUGAAACGUGAACCAGUUGUAGCGGGAUCGAGUAAUCUUCAAGCUACCCCUGCGGGGACAGCACAACCACCGCCUGCAGCAUCUACUACUCCACCUAUUACUCAAACCCCGACCCCCAAUUCUGCUUUGCAGCCGCCACGUGCGGGACCGCCAUACCCACCGCAUCAACAGACGCCGUACACUCCCGGUGGAGCCCAUGCCCCUCUUCAGUCACGGCCGCCUCAAUAUGGCUCGCCCACGCCUUAUUAUCGUCCACCAGGGCCACCCCCGCCCCCGGCGCGCAUUGGUUACAAGUCUGUCGUGUUUGAGUUCACAUCACCCUUGACUCCCUAUGGAAGCAGUACCUCAGGUCACGCUGGAUCUGGUGAUCGCUAUCUCUUCCCGGAACAUACAAUUCUCGAUUGGCUUCCAAAUGAAUGCACUAUUCUAGCUUCCUUUCUAGUUGUUCGCAAGGUUGAUCCCAAUACACCUUUCCCCAUCGAAUCUGCAACAGACAACACGACGAGCCGCAGCAAAGGAAAGGGGGCAUCCAAGUCCAAGUCCAAGAAGAAGAUCGAGAACGACAAGGACUCUAAAGACGUCCCUGGAACCCCGGUCCCUGCCCAAUCUGCCAGUACGGACACACCUCAGAAGCAAGAGCCUUCUGACACGCCGGAUGUCAAAGCCAACGGCGCCUCAACGGAUACCCCUGGCACCCCCAAACCCGCUGUGAAUGAAGCGAACCUCAAAGAAUACUGGCAGCCAGUAACCUUCCGCAUCCAUGCUCCCAAUCCCAAAAUCCUCGAGCCAUUGACUCGCGUCGUGAAGCCGGCGGAGGAGGUGCGCAAGUACAUGAACGAAAUUAUGGACCGGGCGGAGCGCGCUCCGGAUGGAUUCCCUGCUUUGCGAUUGCCGCGUGAAGAAGCGCGUGAGGCAUUUGAGUCAGAGGGCACCCCAGCCUCUGGGACCAAUAGUGCUGCCGGUCGCAGUCGCCCUUCGCGGGCGGUCCCUAUCAAGAUCGCAGAAGAAGAAUCGGAAAUCGAAAAUCCUGCCGAGGCCGAGGAGGAAGAGGAUCUUUUGGAGUUCUACGGUGCGCCUAGUGGGCUUCCUCCCCUGCGUGUCUAA